AUGGCUGCAAUUGAGAAAGUUAAAGUGGUCGUUCUUGGUGAUUCUGGUGUAGGAAAAACAUCACUGACUUAUUUAAUCGCGCAUAACAAGCCGCUGUUGUCACCGGGAUGGACUGUAGGAUGCUCUGUCGAGGUGAAACUGCACAGGUACAAAGAAGGGACACAAGCACAAAACACGUUUUUUGUGGAACUUUGGGAUGUUGGCGGAUCAAAUGGCCACCGAAAUACCAGGAACGUAUUUUACCAGCCCACUCAUGGGAUUAUAUUAGUGCAUGAUUUAACUAAUAGAAAAAGUCAAAUAAAUUUACAAAAAUGGCUUUCUGAGAUUUUAAAUCAGGACAGUUCUAAUCCUAUGGCAAACGUAGAUGUAGACCCGGAACAGUUUCUUGGAUCCACACAAAUUCCUAUUUUAGUAAUUGGAACAAAAUUCGAUAUGGCUGAAGAAAAACAAAGAAAGAACCAGUAUAGAAGGCUAGCCAGUAGUAUAGCGGAGCAGUGUGGAGCUGAUGAAAUAUUCGUCAAUUGUCAUCAAGCUAGAUCAUUAGCAGCAGGUACAAGCAACUCUGUCAAAUUAACAAGAUUCUUCGACAAAGUAAUAGAGCGGCGAUAUUAUUCCAGAGUUAGUCCUUUUGCGGACAAACGUCGUGUGCCUCCGUACAUGAUGGCUACGUCCACACCGCUUUCUAGUUUCAAAAAUACACAUUACAUGAGUCCUAGGUUCUAUCACAUGGAUUAA